GCCACAACCACAACCACCAUUCCAGCCACAACCACCAUUCCAGCCACAACCACCAUUCCAGCCACGACCACCCUUCCAGCCACAACCACAACCACCAUUCCAGCCACAGCCACCUUUCCAGCCACCCUUUGGAUCUUCUAAACCUGAAAACGAGUCUGUGUUCCCCCCGGCGACCAUCCCCAAUGAGAUCAGUGGAAUACCAACGCCUCUCCGCUGCUUGCUCUUCCCAGCCUUCCUUCACCGAUACAUUGGCUGUGGUUCCUUUAUCUCCACCGGUUCUGUAGUGGUCUCUUCGUCUGCCAGUAGUCCUCAUGCGUUCCAGUUAACCCCGUUAGCCAGACUUGGGGCUUUGGAAACUAUCUCGCCCUCAGAGGUAGAUUUUGAUUAUAAGAGAAACAAGGAUGUGCUAGUUAACUCCGGAGACGUGCCCGUAAAGGAAAAGUCACCACUAACUCCCCACAAUUCCGUUAACUCGCCAUUCUCCCAUUCUGACAAUCCUCUAUUUUAUCCCUCUUCUUCCAUGACCCCGCAAACUCGCGUAACUUUUGCCACACCGUCUAACUUCACAGAAAAGAAAGGGAGAGCAUACGAGUCAAUAGGACGGGAGUGGCUAGCGGAGGAAAGUCAGGUCGAACCAACAAGAAGUGAAGGAAAACUCUUGUUGUCUGCCAUUGACCAUGGAUUGGAAAGGAAGAAUGUAUUCUACCGAGAGCAAGAAGUGGUUGAUGAAGAAAAAUGGAAGGAAGAACUUUUCAUUAAUAAAACGAACGAUAUCAUUAAUCUUGAGACCGCAGAACAGAUAUUCACACAGAGUAGUGAUAAUAGCCAAGACAUCUCAGAGAUAGGUUCCAUUGAGCACAACCAGAAUGCUACCCUCUCGUCACACUCUGGGAAUGAUACGCACUUUGUUGGCGAGGAGGAGGAUGCUGAUAGGGUUACUGACAAGAGAAGGAAGAUGAAAAACGAAGACGGAAGUGACGGUGACUGUGUGAAUGCGACAAACAAGUGUGACAGUCAUGCCGGUGGUAAAGACAAUAACAGUAUGACUGGCGUUGACCUAGGAGGCGAAGAAUUACAGAGAGAUAUCGAAGAGGGUGACAGAGUUAUAAUAUGGGAUCUCCCGAAACUCAAUGUGACGGGCAUCGGUCUAUACGUCCCCAUGCCCCCAGAGUUUUUCCGUCAGUUGCUGGCUCCUGUGUAUUCCGAGGGUCGCCUGUCUGCCCAUCCCAUCCCUCUCUUAGACAGCUCAGUGGCGCUGCUUCGGGACGGUUCUGCACAUCCACCUGUCCUCGCCCUCACCGCACCCUCCCACGCCCGCCGCAGCGUCGCCUCUCCCUGCAGCAGGUCGUGUGGCGGUGGCAUUCGUACCAUCUCUCAGGUUUGCGUGGAAGUGGAGACUCCGGAGAAGCAAGUCGCGGAGGAUAAGUGUCUGGGUUUACCAAACUACCACGCUCCCUUCAACCAGAUCUGCAACACUUUCCCCUGCCGCCAGCCCAGGUGGGUGGCAGGGUCGUGGAGUACUUGCUCGGCUUGGUGUGGCGCAGGGUUACAGUACCGCCUUGUGGGUUGCAUAGAGCCACUACUAGAAGAUGCUGCUCCCUACCUCGCUUGGGCCCUCUUCGUGAAGCCCACUGAGUGUCCCAGCGAGCAGCCCCUCAGUGUGCGGGUGUGUGAGGGCCCCUGCCAGCCUGUGGACUGCAGCCUUCCUGCCAACACACUGCACUUAGCCUGCACCAGCCACCUGCCGGACCCACCUCUAGAGCAGGACCACCUUAGUGACUAUGCAGUUAACUUAACCUUUGAAAGCUCAGAUCCGACACGAGGAGCCCAUGCACUCAGCCCCAGGUUUGGGGCGCUGAUUCUGUCCUUGGUUGAGGCGCCGGAGAGUGGCGUCUCCAUAUUGUAUGCCUGACCCAAUCCGUUCUGGAUCCAGUUCCCCUGCAAUAAACAGUUUAUCUAGUCUUUAAAAGGGCAAUGAUCUAAAGCCUGAAUAUUCAUUGUAAAUAAGUAAUUCUGAUCAGCUCCAACACUUGGAGUGACUCCCAAAAGAAAGCAUUAAAAUGCACUGUCCAUAAGAGUAAAAAGCCUGAAGACAACAAAAUGGUAUAGAUGGAUGAGUAGGAGUGAUAAGGGCAGUUUUCCACAUAUGCAGAUGAUAUAGACCUAAUUGCUGAAGACAUAGAAGAUCUAAGAAGAAUGUCACAUUUGUUUGUUAGGACUGCUAGAGAGGUAGGACUGGAUAUCAAUGUUGACAAGACUAAGAAGAGAAAUAGGGCAACAAGAAGUGUACAUCAAUGGAGAGAAGGUGGAGGAGAUAGAAAAUUUUACAUACUGGGGAGGACGUGCAGCACGAGAGGAGGUGUUUGAGAGAGUAGCAAGGGGAAAUAGAAGCUUCCACAGUUUGAGGGAAAUAUUCCACAGCAGAGAAAUAACAAGGAAGAUCAAGAUAGAAACAUAAAAGGUACUGACAAGACCAAUAGUAAUGUAUGGUUUAGAAACAAUAGCCUUAACAAAGAUGGAAAGGAAACUGGACAUGUUUGAAAACAACAUCCUGAGGAAGAUUUGUGGACCAAAGAAGAGGGAAGAUGGAGAAAGAGACACAAUGCAGAGAUCAGAGAAAUGACUGAAGUGACCUGGCUGAGCAAAGAAAUCAGAGCAUCCAAACUGACAUGGGCAGGACACGUAGCAAGGAUGGAGGAUGGACUAUUGCCUUGGAGAGUGAUGAACUGGAGACCAGUUGGGAGAAAACCACUAGGAAGACGAAGGACAAGAUGGGAGGAUGGAAUGCAGCAGAUGAUGAGUGACGACUGGAGGGAGGAAGCAGCAGACAGGAACCAGUGGAAGGCACUGAUGGAGGCACCCAUGAGCUGCAGGGCUCGAGAGCUAUGGGAGUGAGUGAGUGAGUAAUGGUACUUUCAUCUCAUUGUUAACCAUCACAGCCUUUUCCAGUUUACCACAUUCCUCCUUCAGUUCUCGAUUUUCCUUGAACAGCUGAUCUUACUUGACAUCUAAUUUCUCUUUCCACUGAUAUAAUUUUAAAUUGUUUUUUCCUUUUUAGAGCCCAAAAACUCCCUUCUAGGACUCCAUUGUUUUUCUGUUUCAGCACAAUCAAUUUACUACAAUUCUGGCAACAGAAAACUAACCUAUUCCCCUCCUCCCCUGCAAUACAUCACCAGGCUUGUGCUAGGAG